UAUUAAAAAAAUCUGUAUAAUAUUGCUACGUGUUCCAAGUCCACUACUAGCCUGAACGUUAAAACUUAUUUGAAGCCAGAACAUCCUAGUACCUCUGUGUUCUCUGCGGAGGGUGUCUCUGUUGUCCCAGGUAACAUCAUCUUGAAUGGCAGUAAUAAUGGCUUUGAAUGGUUAUUAUUACAACAAUAUAAAGUUGGGAAAUCAACGAAGAGCACCACACAAUCUCAGUUUUCCAGGAUCAAUUUCAGUUCAUAAAUUGCCAAAGAAUAGAAGGUCAAAAUCUUACAAGUCAGGGAAUGAUAAAUUUCCUAGGUUCCUGGUAGAAAUGCGACAGACAGAAUUACCUCCAUCAAAAUAUGGUACAAAUGGUAGAGCUGUUAAAAUGGUUCCAGCAAAUGAGGUAGUGAAAAGAAAGACAAUGUCAGAGAAUAAAGUGGAAAUGGCGAGGGGUUCAAAGCAAGCUGUUAAUGGAGCAAGUUUGGUAGAAAGAGAUCCUAGCCUGGCCUUGACAAAGACAAAGAAAUCUACAACCUCUAAAGAACUUCCACCACUGGAAGAGCUAAAAGUUUUGCCCUCAGAUGAAGGAUUCAGUUGGGCCAAUGAAAAUUACAAUUCCUUGCAAAGAUCAAUUGAUGUUUGGUCUUUUGUUAUUUCUUUACGUAUUCGAGUUCUGUUGGACAAUGCAAAAUGGGCAUAUUUGGGUGACUUUACAGAAGAAAAACAGAAAAGCAGAAGGCGGAAAACUGCUGCAUGGCUAAGGGAGUGUGUAUUACAGCUUGGCCCAACUUUCAUUAAACUUGGACAGUUAUCAUCAACAAGGUCGGAUCUAUUUCCCCGUGAAUUUGUAGAGGAGCUUGCAAAAUUGCAGGACAGGGUCCCCGCAUUUUCUCCAAAGAAAGCAAGAGGCUUUAUUGAGAGUGAAUUAGGAGCUCCCAUUAAUAUAUUGUUUAAAGAGUUUGAAGAUCGGCCCAUUGCUGCUGCUAGUCUUGGUCAGGUUCAUCGUGCUAUUCUACACAAUGGAGAAAAAGUAGUUGUCAAAGUUCAAAGGCCUGGCCUAAAGAAGCUUUUUGACAUUGACUUGCAAAACUUAAAGCUGAUUGCAGAAUAUUUUCAGAGAAGUGAAACUCUAGGUGGUCCAACGAGAGAUUGGGUUGGUAUAUAUGAAGAAUGUGCAACGAUUUUGUAUCAAGAAAUAGAUUAUAUAAAUGAAGGAAAGAAUGCUGAUAGGUUCCGCCGAGAUUUUCGAAACAUAAAGUGGGUCCGAGUACCUCUGGUUUAUUGGGAUUAUACUGCAUCAAAGGUGUUGACAUUGGAGUAUGCACCAGGUAUCAAAAUAAAUGAAGUGGAUAUGUUAGCUUCACGUGGUUAUGAUCGAUUACGAAUCUCAUCUCACACUAUUGAGGCAUACUUGAUUCAGAUAUUGAGAACGGGUUUCUUUCAUGCUGAUCCACAUCCUGGAAAUCUUGCUGUUGAUGUUGACGAAGCAAUUAUUUAUUAUGACUUUGGCAUGAUGGGGGAGAUAAAAUCUUUCACCCGAGAGAGACUGCUUGAACUGUUCUAUGCUGUUUAUGAGAAGGAUGCCAAAAAGGUUAUGCAAUGCCUUAUAGAUCUGGGAGCACUCCAACCCACUGGUGACCUGUCAUCAGUGAGGAGAUCUAUACAAUUUUUCUUGGACAAUCUUCUAAGCCAGACACCAGAUCAACAACAGACUUUAUCUGCAAUUGGGGAGGAUUUAUUUGCAAUAGCACAAGACCAGCCAUUCCGUUUUCCAUCUACCUUCACCUUUGUUAUUAGAGCAUUUUCUACACUUGAAGGCCUAGGUUACAUACUCAAUCCAGAUUUCUCCUUUGUGAAGAUUGCCGCACCUUAUGCACAGGAACUUUUAGACAUAAGGCAAAAGCGACCGACUGGGCCACAACUCGUGGAGGAGAUAAGGAAACAAGCAGAUGAUGCAAGAACCAAUUCAAUAUCGAUGCCUUACAGAGUUCAAAGAAUAGAGGAAUUUGUCAAGCAACUUGAGGCAGGAGACCUGAAACUCCGAGUCCGAGUACUUGAGUCUGAAAGAGCUGCUCGGAAAGCAACAAUAUUACAAAUGGCUACCAUGUAUUCAGUAUUGGGGGGAACCUUGCUAAACCUUGGUGUCACUUUGAGUAGCCAAGGCAAUCAAGCUUUUGCAAAUGGAUCAUUCAUUGGUGCAGGCAUUUUAGGGGCUCUAUUUUUAAGGUCUAUGCAACGGGUGAAGAAACUUGACAAGUUUGAGAACAUGAUAUAAUUCGUUCCCACCAAAUUCAACUCCUUCGGGCUUCAAGCAUAUGCAUGAUAUAUAUAUAUAUUCUUGAUCUCUUUUUCCAUUCAUAUUUUUCUCAUAAGCAUAAGAUAUACGAGUACGAGUUGUACAGAAACAUGAUUGGAGGGUAAUGAAGCUGCAAGAAACUGUUCCUUCAUGAUAAAGUGAAUAUCAUUGUUUUGUAAGGAGAAAAGAAAUUUUCAUCAACCAUUGGUACAAUAGUUAGCCAAAUAACUUUUAGUUUUCACAUUUUCAUUCUAAUUAUGGCUUCCUCAAUCCUCCAAGUUAAAUUAAGUAUACGCCCUAGAGGCAAAUUGUAUAUUGAUCUUACUAGUUUGCAUCGUACCAUGUCGUUUAUUGUAUAUACAAGACAUUCCAUUCAUUGUGUUAUUUAUUUAGUUUA